AGGAGGGAGCGAGCUCGAGGACUAGGCGGCCUUGACCCCCCGCCCGGCCAGGCCCAGGCCAGCUGUUGGCGCGCCUGCUUUUCCCUCGCCCCCGCGCCGACCUUACCCAACUCUCCUCUCCUCAGGUUGCCCAAAUUUCAUCCAUCUGACGGGAAUAACGCUCGUGUGGCUGCCAUCUGCUGAGCCUGAGUCGACUUCAUUGAACUAUCCACUACAAUCACAAUGUCUCGUUCCUGAUCAGUCACUGCUAAUUUAGAGCACAUGAGUAUAUAUGAGAAAUUAAGAUGCAAAAUACUUUCCACAAUGCUUGGUGGAUAUGAUGAUAUAGAAGCAUUUGAAGAUGAUCUCUACUGUGAAGAGUCUUCUAGUGAAGAAAGUAUUGAUAGCGAAGUAGAAUUUCACCUUUAUAGCCAAGUCCAUUAUGCACAAGGCCAUGACGAUGCCAUUGGAGAAGAAACUGAAGAACAUGGAUCUGGGCAAAAGCAGAGUUCAGUUAGUAAAGAGCAAAAAAACAACAACUUUAUUAUAAUUUCAGACAGUGAAGUCACUCAUGUUUCUGAUAGUCCAGAUGUUAUCACCUUGUCAGACACCGAAGACAGCAUUUACAGAAGCAGGCUCCAGAAGCGAACAACACCAGGAGCUCCAGUGCCAGGAAGAACACACAGUCUUGCAGAGCUCACCUCACCAAAGCCCACUAGACAUUCUUCUCAGAUUACUCCAAAUUCAAAGGGAUGGACCACAGGAACUUCAAAAAAGGAGAAAAGGACUAGUGAAAAGUCUAUCUCCUUUCAUCGUGAAGGUGUUCGCAUGAUCCACAAGAUCUUAGUAAUAGAGGACAGCUCUUCUAGUGAUGAGAAUGCAGAUGAUGUGAGAAGCAUUGCCUCUGAAAGUGAUAAUGUAGAGAGCUGGAUGCUGCUGGGAGGUGCCAGAGAUGACAAAGAUGACAACAUCCUCUUAAACCUCGAGGGCUGUGGAACAUUAGCCAGUGAAGGAGAAGGUGGAGCAGACUGGAACAUCAGUGAUAAAGACGUAGAGGCACGGAUUGGCAACUACGUUACAGUGCGGCACAACAACAGAUACUACACGCCAGACAAAAAUGUCACUUGCAGAAAUUGUAAUAAACGAGGUCACUUAUCAAAAAAUUGUCCUACCCCAAAGAAAAUUCCACCUUGUUGUCUGUGUUCCGAAAGAGGUCACCUACAAAACAGCUGUCCUGCACGUUUUUGUUUAAAUUGUUGUUUGCCUGGACACUACUCGAGAGAGUGCCUUGAGAGAACGUACUGGAAAAAACAUUGUAACCGCUGUGAUAUGAGAGGCCAUUAUGCAGACGCUUGCCCAGAAAUAUGGAGGCAGUAUCACCUAACAACCAGGCCGGGACCACUGAAGCAGGCUGAAGCACAAGUUGAGCAUUCUGCUUCCGUGUACUGUUACAACUGUGCAGAGAAAGGCCAUUAUGGAUAUACAUUUGAAACACCUGGCCCUUCAAGCCAAUUAAGCGUGUGUGAUCUGAUGUCUGCCCUUCAGCAGCAGCAAGAUGAUGUACCCUGAGCUAUCAAGAGGGAUGGGAGGCACUCCACUUGCCUCAGUUCUCUCAACAUUCCCAGUUGCCUUUUUCUGCAAGAAGCUCGAGAACAGGUGCUUGGCCUCAGACUUCCAAGUAGCUAAGGCUGCAGGCUAUUUCUUCAAGGAUUCCAGAAUUUUUUCUGGUUCCCAUCAGUCUCUGGGGGCAGACCACUGAAUUUGGUUCUCAACCUCUGCAGUGGUUACAGGUAGUUUUGAAGUCAAACCUGACCUCUGGCUCAGGUAUCAGCUCUCCUGUCUGUCAAUUGCUUUAUGAUACAGUGGUACCUUGGAACUCGAAUGUAAUCUGUUCCGGAAGACCGUUCGACUUCUGAAACGUUUGAGUUCCGAUGCGCAGCUUCCGAUUGGCCGACAGCUAGAUUUUUGCACAGCGGAAGCCGCGUAGGACAUUUGUGUUCCGAAGAAUGUGGAAAACUGGAGCACUUACUUCUGGGUUUUUGGCGUUCAGGAGCCCAAACUUUUGAGAACGGAGCCGUUCAAGUUCCAAGGUACCACUGUGGUUUGUUUUUUAUGUGAACUGUUUGUGUGUUUUUUGAUAUCAGAACGUCAGGAUAGGACAUUCCUAUAAAUUAAGAUUAUUAUUUUUUUAAAAAUCUUACUGUCCAAGUUCACCUCCUCCAAAUUAUGCACCAGAUAUUACCCUUACAGUUAAUUGGUGAUGAUACUCAAACAGAAACAGAGAAAUGUGUUUCUCUUGUAGACCAGCCACCUCUGGUUUCACAUAAGGAUAUUAGCUAAUGUCAGUUAUCAACCAUCUCUUCACCCCCAAGUCAGCAAAACCAACUGAUGUCGGUUCAUUUGGCUUGUUUUCCUGGAUAGGGUUUGAGUUACUGAAUCUAGCAGAAAGAGAAAAUGUGCCUAAAAGUUGCCAUUAAAAU